AACGUUUUCUGAUCCACGAGAAAAUGCAACAGGAGCUGGUGGUUGGUGCGCUAUAACGUUUCCAGCUCUCUCUCUCUCUUUCUCUGUCUCUCCAACUCCAGCACCCAAUAUGGCUUGGACCCUCCUCUCUUCCCCUCUCAACCUCCCACUCUCUCACUCCGCCAUCAUUGCCAAAACCAGCUCCGACAGACUGAGGAGCAGCACUGGAAGAAGUAGAACAACGCCACCACCAACAAGAAGAACUAUCAGAGCCAAUGCUGCAGAGCAAGACCAAGCCGAAGGCAAUGACAAAGACAAAGACACGCAAGCUUUCAAUCCCUUUGGCUUUGUAACGGACAACCCAUCUAGCCGCAGUGCCAUCCAGCUCCCGGAGAGCCCUGCUGAGGACGGCAAUGUCGGACAAAUGAUUUAUAGGAUAGAAGACAAGGGAAGGGAAUAUGGCUCAUCCAUCAAGUCUGGGAAGUUUAGAUGGUUUGUGAGGGAAACUGGAUUGGCUAAGGGCCGACGUGGAACAAUCGUCUUCCUUCAUGGGGCUCCAACUCAAUCUUACAGCUAUCGAGUUGUCAUGUCUCAGAUGUCAGAUUUUGGGUUCCGCUGUAUCGCACCUGAUUGGAUAGGAUUUGGGUUCAGUGACAAGCCACAGCCGGGAUAUGGUUUUGAUUACACAGAAAAGGAGUUCCAUGAGGAAUUUGAUAGAUUACUUGAUGUGCUGGGGGUCGAAUCUCCUUUCUUUCUCGUUGUUCAGGGGUUUCUUGUAGGUUCAUAUGGUUUGACUUGGGCCCUGAAAAACCCUAGCAAGAUAAUGAAGCUCGCAAUUUUGAACAGUCCAUUGACAGUUUCAUCUCCCAUUCCUGGACUGUUUCAGAAACUAAGAAUUCCUCUCUUUGGUGAAUUUACAUGCCAGAAUGCGAUUAUGGCUGAGCGCUUUAUUGAAGCAGGUAGCCCUUAUGUCUUGAAGCUGGAAAAGGCAGAAGUGUAUCGAUUACCAUAUUUGGCAAGUGGUGGACCUGGAUUUGCUCUUCUUGAAGCUGCAAGAAAGAUUAAUUUCACAGAUACCUUAAGCCAAAUAGCAGCUGGGUUUGCAUCUGAAAGUGGAUUAUGGGCUUACAGAUGGGAUAAGCCGGUACUUCUUGUUUGGGGGAUAUCAGACAAGUAUUUGCCUCAAUCUCUGGCCGAAGAGUUUCAGAAAGGAAAUCCCAAUACCAUCAAGCUGAAGUUAAUAGAAGGUGCUGGUCAUAUGCCACAGGAGGAUUGGCCCGAGAAAGUUACCGAUGCUCUGAAAGUAUUUUUUUGAAUCCAGCGCAUGGAUCAAAACUAUAACCCAAAGAAUAGCCUCUAGAAAGUGUUAAUAUCCAAAUGACUGCCACUUGUUUGAAGGUAAGACAGCCUUCUCCCCUGUAAAAAUGUCUCGCCCUAAAGUUCUUGUCCUUCCCCUAUCAUUUUUUAUUUCCUUCUAAAUGAAAACGAUGUUGUAGACAAAUCAAUUUUGUCAACAAGAUAAUUCUCAAAUUAAAGAGCCCUCCAAGUUUCAAUUCAAUAGAGUAAAGCUCAAUCGACCAACCGAAGCAAAAAUGGCCUGAAGUCUAUGGUCAGCUUCCAUCUGCCAAUCCGUCGGUUUAAACAUGGAGUUUCAAUUGACCAUCAUUUGAUCUUGUUAUAAAUUACCAUUUUGUGAAGGAAAUCCCAAUACCAUCUUGUUUGGGGGAUAUCAGACAAGUAUUUGAGGUGCGUUACGGUAGUUUUAAAGCUAAUUUGUUGAA